UUAUGCAAGUUUUAAUUCAUCAAAUGAAAUCCUAGAUCAUGGAUUCCGUGAAGACCGAAUUGAAGUACAUAGAGAAAGAAGAGAAUCAAACCCAGAUCUGAUGCCUCCGCCACGGCCACAACCACUGCCACCGCCCUCAUCGAAUAACGUUGAGACUGCUGUGGGGGUCAGUUAUCGCGAAUGCCAAAAGAACCAUGCUACCAGCAUGGGUCUCUAUGUUGUAGAUGGUUGUGGGGAAUUCAUGGCCAAUGGAGAUGAAGGCACACAAGAAGGUAUAACAUGCGCCGCCUGCGAAUGCCACCGGAGUUUCCACCGUCGAGAGAUGGAAAGCGAGUCUCAAUCCACCACACGGAUGCCUGCUAUACACAACCCACCACCUCUAGCUAUUGCCACUUCAGGACAGCCAUUAAAGAAGAGAUUCCGAACAAAAUUCACAGAAGAGCAAAAACAAAAAAUGCAUGAUUUUGCAGAAAAGCUAGGGUGGAUGAUUCAAAACCAAGAUGAACAAGAAAUUCUUCAAUUCUGCAAUGAAGUUGGAGUCAGUAAAAAAGUGUUCAAAGUAUGGAUGCAUAACAGCAAACAAGCCUGCAAGAAGAAACAAGAUCAGCAAGAUUCAAUUAAGCUUAACUAAAAUCCAAAAAG